AUGUGUCGUGCCAUCCCCAACAAGAUCCCAAUUUUUUUUUUGGCGAGCGACGAAGCAGCCGCCAGCCUCAGCAUUGUCUUCGCGGUUUUCGACGCAGAAAAGCGAAUUGUUGCAGGCAGUUUGAUUCUUGAACUCUCCCAAAUCGUUGUGCUGGGAGUUCAUAAGAGACCAACAAGUCCACUUCUUUAUUAG